UCCCAAUUACCCGAUCCCACAACGGACAGCAAAGUCACUCGAGACUUUCGAGACUCUGCUCCUCUCCAUCCCUCUGUCGACAAUUAUCGCGAGCCCUCGCGCCCAUCGCCCAUCAUGUCGCUCGUGUCCGGCGAGAAGACGAACUUCCAGUACAUCCUGCGUCUCCUCAACACCAACGUUGAUGGAAAGCAGAAGAUCAUGUACGCUCUGACCCAGAUCAAGGGUGUCGGUCGCCGCUACUCCAACCUCGUCUGCAAGAAGGCCGAUGUCGACCUCAGCAAGCGUGCUGGUGAGCUCACCACCGAGGAGCUGGAGCGCAUUGUCACCAUCCUCCAGACCCCUACCCAGUACAAGAUCCCCUCGUGGUUCCUUAACAGACAGCGCGACAUCACCGAUGGCAAGGACCACCAGGUCGUUUCCAACGGUCUUGACUCCAAGCUCCGUGAGGACCUUGAGCGCUUGAAGAAGAUCCGCUCCCACCGUGGUCUCCGUCACUACUGGGGCCUGCGUGUCCGUGGUCAGCACACCAAGACCACUGGCCGCCGUGGACGCACCGUCGGUGUGUCCAAGAAGAAGGGCUAAACUAUUCUUGUCGUUUUUCCGGGGGCUUUUUUUGGAGGGAUUCCUUUAUUGUCGGUGUGUUUCUAUGGGCAUCCGUGGGAUCUUUGUCCCCGCUGGCUGGGUGUGAUGCCAGUCUUUAAAAUUGAAAAUGAAUCAUACCAAUAUGAAAUGAACCGAUUGAUUUCCUUACAUACGUAUGAUACUUAUUCUCGGG